CGGGAGCAGCUCUCGGACGAGGAGUACUACGUGCUGCGGCAAAAAGGGACCGAGUACCCUGGAUCAGGCAAGUACGACAAGUUCUACCCAAAGGCAGGCCACUUUGUGUGCGGCGGGUGCGGCGCGCCGCUCUACUCCGCUGCGGCAAAGUUCGACAGCGGGUGCGGCUGGCCUGCCUUCGACCGGAUCACAGACACUUCCCUCGGGAUGCGGCGCGUCGAGAUCCUCUGCGGCUCGUGUGGCGGCCACUUGGGCCACGUCUUCGAGGGCGAGACACGCUUCACCCGGACCAAUGAGCGGCAUUGCGUCAACUCGGCGUCGGUGAGG